UAGCCUAUAAAAUGCACAAACAAUUAACCAUAGUUAAUAAAAAUCAACCAACCGCUUAAUCGUCUUAAUAAUGUCUUGUUCAGCUUUAAUGUUUUUAAAAAUGUUGCAUGAUGAAAUAUAUUAGCGUUGCUGUGGGUAUUUUGGUUCUGUGUAUUCCUCAUUAUUGUUCCGAUAAUGAAGACGAAUCAAAAUUGUCAAGAUACGAGUUGAAAGUAAAAAGAUUUAGCAAAUAUCAGUGUUACAAACUCGAGCAUUGCAAUAAGCAAGUUAAUGUGCACAAAGUCUGCGGCAGAGAUGUGAUUACGAAGAAUGCGAGAAUGUUCGAGAACUUGUGCAUGCUGUAUAAAUAUAACUGCGAAAAUAAAUCGUGGUAUUUUCUUUAUAAUAUAACAAAAUGCGAUAGUAAGGAAUCAUUUAUUAAUUUCCAUAAGAAUUCUUCGUUUUGGCAAAGUGAACUUGAUUUUGAAAUACCUGGAUUAGACUUGCCGGGCGGAGACGAAAAGAAAAACAGUAUGAAUUGGCCGGGCGGAGACGGAAAAAAUAAGAUGACAAAUUCCGAAAAACCAGCAGAUGCUGACAAUAGUAAAGAAAAGUUUUUCCAACUCAUUCCCGGACUAGCAAUGGAAUGA